GUCCUCGGAGAUACUGUCCGUAGAUCCAUCUUCAUUAAUAAAUAACUAAAAGUGAUAUAUCUUGGGGAGCGUGUGUUGAGGCAACCCUUCCAACAAACUCUGGUGACCAAUCACAUAAAGUACUUUCAUCCUUCUACCCGAUAGCUACAUUGAGCGCUACAUCAUGGCUGCCGCACCGACGAGCGCGUUCCCUGUAGUCUUUGGCGUUAUGACCAUUGGCAAGCCUGGGAUUGAAGCCGUGCGCAUGACAGACAUAUCCGACGUCAAGGAGAUUCUGAGUGUCUUCCAGUCACAUGGCCACGUCGAAAUCGACACAGCACGCAUCUACGGUAGUGGCUCAUCAGAAGAAUACAUGGGCGCCGUCGACUGGCAAGGACGGGGUCUCGUCAUGGACACCAAGCUGUAUCCCAACGAGGGCAAAGACAUGGGCAGUCUGAGUCACAACAUCUACUCGCACCGUCCAGAGGAUCUCCGCCGAGGACUCAUGGACAGCCUCAAGGCCCUCAAGGCCGACAAGAUCGACAUGUGGUAUCUCCAUGGACCGGACCGCAACACGCCGCUCGAAACCACGCUACGUGAGGUUAACAGCCUCCACAGGGAAGGCUACUUCGCCCGCUUUGGCAUAAGCAACUUCAUGUCCUGGGAGGUCGCUGCCAUGUGCGAGAUCUGCGAGCGCAAUGGCUGGGUCAAACCCGCUGUCUACCAGGGUAUCUACAACGCGCUGCACCGCGCCAUUGAGCCGGAGUUGAUGCCUUGCCUGCGCCACUACGGGAUCGCGCUGUACGCUUUCCAGCCGUUGGCCGGCGGCUUCCUGACCUCGCGCUACCGUCGCGGCAUGGGCGAGGACGAGUAUGAACCUGGCUCGCGCUUCGACCCCAAGCGCUGGCAGGGCAGGCUUCAUCAUGGGAGGUACAUGAAUGACAUGUAUUUCGACGCUUUGGAUAUCAUCAGGCCCGUGAUUGCGAAGCAUGGGUUGAGUGAGGCGGAGUGUGCUUUCCGCUGGCUAUCGCAUCACAGCUUGAUGAGCAAGGAGAUGGGUGACAAGAUCAUCAUUGGCGCCAGCAGCGCGAAACAGUUGGAGCAAAAUCUUUUGGAUCUGGAAAAGGGGCCGCUACCCGAAGAUGUGGUUGAGGCUAUGGAAGCUGCGUGGCUGCGUGUUAAAGGAGUAGUGCCAAGGUAUUUUCACUAGGCUAAUUAGUUAAUCAAGUCGAGUGCCUUGAAAGGGCGGCAUUGCUCUAGUGUAGUUCCCCAUGUCCCAUGGAC